GUGGCCCAGCCACUCACUGCCCAGCCAUGGGGGACACUUUCAUUCGCCACAUUGCCCUCCUGGGCUUCGAGAAGCGCUUCGUUCCCAGCCAACACUAUGUGUACAUGUUCCUGGUGAAGUGGCAGGUCCUGUCAGAGAAGGUCGUCUACAGGAAAUUCACCGAGAUCUACGAGUUCCAUAAAAUGCUAAAGGAGAUGUUCCCAAUCGAGGCAGGCGAGAUCAACACAGAGAACAGAAUCAUCCCACACCUCCCCGCACCCAGAUGGUUUGAUGGGCAGCGUGCCGCUGAGAGUCGUCAGGGAACGCUCACAGAGUACUUCAACACCCUCAUGGGACUGCCCGUCAAGAUCUCCCGCUGCCCACACCUGUUGGACUUCUUCAAAGUUCGGCCUGAUGACCUGAAGCUGCCCACGGACAGCCAGGUGAAGAAGCCAGAGACAUACCUGAUGCCCAAAGAUGCCAAGAAUAAUGUAGCUGACAUCACAGGUCCCAUCAUCCUUCAAACCUAUCGUGCCAUCGCUGACUAUGAGAAGAGCUCACGCACGGAAAUGACUGUGGCUACUGGAGACGUGGUGGACGUAGUGGAGAAAAGCGAGAGCGGCUGGUGGUUUUGCCAGAUGAAGACAAAGAGAGGCUGGGUCCCUGCAUCCUACUUGGAGCCCCUUGACAGUCCCGAUGAGGCAGAGGACCCGGAUCCCAACUAUGCAGGUGAACCAUAUGUAACCAUCAAAGCCUACACUGCUGUGGAAGAGGAUGAGGUGUCACUGUCAGAGGGUGAAGCCAUCGAGGUCAUUCAUAAGCUCCUGGACGGCUGGUGGGUGGUCAGGAAAGGGUAUGCCACCGGCUACUUCCCAUCCAUGUAUCUGCAGAAGGCUGGGGAGGAGGUGACCCAGGCCCAGAGGCUGAUUAGAGGCCGCGGGGCACCGCCGCGCAGGAUGUGGCAGACACAGUGA